AUGGACACAGACCUUUGUUCCCAGGCGGAGGGCCGCGGCCAGAUCCGCAGACCAGUUCCGGCACCGAAGCGGCUGCCCCCUCUCCCGAAGCAGAGCGAGCUGGAGACAGCCUUAGGCUUCUUGCCGACCUUGCAGCAGCUCGGGUACCAGGAUGACGAGGUCGCAGAAGCAAUGCAAGACGAUCCUCGAGGUGUUUUGCCGUUUCGAGGCGGCGAGGACGCAGCUUUGGCAAGACUUCAGAAGUGGAUGUUUGAUGACGACCACCUGAAAGACUACUUCGACAUUCGGAACGGGAUGCUGGGUGAGGGAUUCUCCUCCAAGCUCAGUCCAUGGUUGGCCACUGGCUGCAUCUCCCCUCGGCGGAUAUGGUCUGAGGCUCAGCGGUACGAGACCGAGAGAGGCAUCACGAACAAGUCCACAUACUGGCUUGUUUUCGAGCUGACUUGGCGAGAUUUCUUCAUCUACAUGGCAUUGAGUCAAGGACGGACCGAUGCUAAACAGAAAGGGGCAUGUGCAGCAUGCACGUCGGCGUUCGCUGUAGUAUUGGGAUCUUUCAGGACUCCUUGGAGGGGCUCAUCAGACAAACUCGCGAGGUGGAAAGAGGGCAAGACUGGAGAUCCUCUGGUCGACGCAAACAUGCGUGAGCUGAGCGCCACUGGCUUCAUGAGCAAUCGAGGACGGCAGAAUGUUGCCAGCUUCCUGAUCUUUGACUUGGGUGUGGACUGGCGCUAUGGUGCUGCACAUUUCGAAGAGUACCUACUGGAUUACGAUCCCUGCUCUAACUGGGGAAACUGGGUUGCUCGGCAAGAUGUCAGAGCUGUUGCGCAGCCUUGGAAUCAGAGAGUAGCUGGAGAUGGGAGUGAUGCACACGAGGUGGCGGCAGCCGGCCUUACGGGGCAGCGUGUCAACAAGUUCAACACCAAGAAGCAGCUUUCAGACUAUGAUCCCCAGCGUGAAUACGUCAACCACUGGCUGCGUGGCGAGCGUGGUGAACGCAAGGCUGUCUUGCGGCCCAACUCCGAGGACCGCCCCUGGGAGGGGCGGCGCGGGUUAGUAGGUGGAUGA